AUGGAUGCAAAGCUUGGUGGAGGUCCCUAUUUUAAAUGGAGGAGUUUGUGGGAGUCUAGAGAUGUGGUUAGAGAAGGGAUGAGAUGGAGAGUGGGAAAUAGAAAGAAGAUAAAGAUAUGGGUUGAUAAAUGGAUGUCAACUCCUUCAUCAUACAUGGUUCAAUCUCCUGUUUCAACUUUAGGAAGGGAAGCAACUGUGGCUGAGCUAAUUGAUGAGAAUACUGGGUGUUGGAAUUAUGAUUUGGUUAGGGAGUCUUUUAAUAAAGAAGAAGUUGCAAUUUUUUAUACUAUACCCGUGAGUAGAAUGAGUUUGGAGGAUAAACUUUAUUGGGGACCUACUAAGAAUGAAUUAUUUUCUGUUAAGAGUGCUCAUUAUAUUGCGAUGGAGAUUAUAAGACAGUAUGGAGGGGAGCAAUCUGUUAGAAAUGGGGUAAAUCAGUUGGAGGAAACAAGUGGGCAUGUGUUAUGGAGCUGUGUGACAACCUCUAAUAAGAGUGAAUUAGAAGGCAUGGCUUUUAUUUUCAAAAAGGUAUGGCAGAGGAGUAAUUGGAUCUUUGAGAAUUCCUUUCAAAGUCCAAUUGAAGUGAUUGCUGCUACUAUGACAAAUAGGGAGGAGUAUAUUCAGGCUAAAGGUGCAGACAUAUUUGAAAUUUCUGGUUCAGCCCCUGUGAAUCGAAAUGUGUCGAAAUGUUAUUUGGCAAGCUCCAACAUAAUUCCCUUAUAA